CUCUUUUCUAUUCACUUUUCAGCCAAAAAAAAGAGAGAAAAACAGAGCAAAAAAAUGGCUUCUUAUUUUAGAGUUUUUCUUUUCUUAGCCUUUUUUGUUGCUUCUUCUAUAGCUCAAUCUCCGGCUCCGGCACCUAAAAUUUCUCCGGCAGCAACUCCAACUCCGGCGCCGGCACCAGUAUUAUCACCGCCGACUGCAACUCCAACUCCGGCACCUUCUACAGCUCCUACUACUUCACCGACUCCAUCUCCGGCAGCUUCCGCAACUUCUCCAUCGCCAGGGCCAUCCGGUGCCGGCUUCGUUUCACCACCGGCACCUACUCCUACAGGUAGUGCACCGGCGGAUCAGCCUUCCGCCGACAACACACCGUCGUCGCCUAACGCCGGUAACAGAGCCGUCAUUGGCGGUGCUGCGUUCGCUGGCGUGAUCAUCGCUGCUGCUUUGAUGUAGAGGUGACACGUGUACUAACACGUGUCUUGUUCUUUUGAUGGACGGACGAGAUUUGUUUUUUCUAAUACUUUAAAUUACUUUUUGUAAUUUUGUGAUUUAUUUGUUUGGUACAUUGUGGGUUUUUUAUUUUUAUUUUGUUAAUUAUAUUUUUCAUUUUAGAGUGAAUCAUUCAUCAUCCUUAUGUACAUUUUAAGUGAAAUAAAUUUGAGUUUUUAUUCUUUUUGUUA